UAUGUUCGCCAACGAGCUCAUUACAUCUAUCAAUUGCUUGCUCUACGCAGAUGAUGUUGUACUGAUUGCCACCAAGGAAACUCUUCAACCUCUUCUCGACCAAUGUGUUGAACAUAGCCUGACACUAGGGCAUCGAUGGAAUCCUCGGAGUUCCUUUCAAGGCAAAAAGCCUCUUUAGCUCUAAAGGCUUGGUGAAAGCAGGUGCUGCUAAAGUUCGUGCCACAAUGGCUAUGCUUGCUUCAAUUGGUGCUAACAACCGUGGCUUCUUUAAUCAGCUCUCCUGUCGGCUCUAUCGGCAAACGGUUCGCCCACAAAUGGAAUAUGAACUGGCAAUUAUGCUUUUGACAAACACCCAGACUACAGUAUUGGAGCAAGCCCGAGAUUACUGCCUGAGGACCAUUUUCGGCGGAUCUAAAACUGCAUCAACAAAGGUAAUGAAGCAUCUAUUGAAUCUGCCCACAAUGCGUGAACAAAGUGAAAUCCUUCAAGUAAAAUUUGUACUGCGUGUUCUCUCUCUGCAAUAAGACACUCUUAAGACCUUACCGCUUCGCACUGGCACAAAC